GCAGCCACAUUUUUUGAUUUUUCUUCUCUUCCUCCCGUGUUCUUUUUCAUGAACCUAACAAAAAGCCAUUAACCCUAACGGCCCUUGUCUAUCCAGUUGAGACCAAAAAACAAUGGCACGAUUGGCAAAUCUAGAGACUGAGUAUCCAGUUUUAGAUUCCACUGUCCGAAACUUCUGCGCUUCUCAUGGCAUUUUCUCAGUUGAAGAUUUCUUGAUUCAUGAUCUCUAUAUGUUAGCUGCUUUUGCGGAACAAAACGAUUCUUCUGAGAGAUUAAAGGAGGGAAUUGCUCAAGUUCUAUCUAUCAUAGAUGACAUGCAUCAGCCAUGGUUGAAUGGAAUGGAAUUGUUGGAAGAUGCUAAAAGGAAUAAACAUGUCUUUCCUACUGGAAUUCAAGGGAUUGAUUUGUUGCUCGGAGAUGGGAUCCAUGUCGGCCAAUUAACUGAAUUAGUUGGACCAUCAUCUUCUGGUAAAACACAAGUUUGCUUGCGAACAGCAUCAAAUGUUGCAAGGAAUCAUAUGGUGCUGUACUUAGAUACAGGCAACUCUUUUUCACCUCAACGCAUUGCCUACUUCCUAGGAAAGACCAUUAGUCCCUCAUCUGCUCAGGCCAAAAACCAAUUUCUGCAAAAAGUAAUGAGCAACAUAUCAUGCCAUUCUGUGUUUGACAUCUUUGCAAUGUUUGACGUGCUACAUCAGCUAGAAUCUUAUUUGAGAUGUCAGGACGGAAGAGGAGGUUGUCAGAUGCGAUUGCUAAUAGUUGAUUCAAUAUCAUCGCUGAUCUCCCCUGUUCUUGGAAGCUCUAGCACACUGGGGCGGGCUUUGAUGACAUCUGCUGGAUAUUUGCUUAAAAAGCUAGCACAUCAGCAUAAUCUUGCAGUACUUGUAAGCUUUGCUCGAGUUUCUUCUGUGCUAAUUAUCAAUCACACGGUAGGUGGUGAGGGAGGGUCUUCCAAACCGGCUCUUGGAGAUAGCUGGAAGUGCAUUCCACAUUCAAGGCUUUUCCUCUCCUGUGACCGUGGGAGCAACACCUACAAUGUUUCCAUUUUAAGACACCCAUCCAUGGCCUCUGGGAAGGCUGCAAGGUUUGUGAUCUAGUACCAGCCCAUACAGGUGUGCUAGGGACGAAAAUACCAGUAAAAAUGGAACUGUUUUGUGAGUAAAAUACCCUUUGAUAACGAUUGUACAUGGGAAGUGUUCUGUAGUGUAGCUUCUUGUGGGAGCUGACUAGCGGUGACGAAUGGGAGUGCUUUGCCAUUUGUGAUCAAAUUGUUAUUACCGUUGUUGUUAAUGACCCAAAGGGAAUGAAAAAUUGUUGUUGAUGGUUCCCAUGUUAGCAGGCCAUCAUACAGAGGUGACACCGUGUCAUCAUCUCAUGGUCCAUAUCAACCUUCACGUAGUCUCCUUACAGUUCUGUUGAAAAAAGCACUCUCCUUACAAGUUAGUAGUGUGAACUAUUAUAUCUCAAGAUCAGCUUAGGCAAGCCAGAAAAAGGUAAGGAGAUAAAGCUAACCCAUUGAACUUUGAAGACAUAUUGGAGUGAAUUUAAAUUUGACAGUGACUUAUGAAAUUUAGACCAUUGUCCGUUGUGGGUUUUAAUGGAUGCGGCCAAUAGCCAUGUUCUAAGGGGAAGAAAAGAAUGGUGAAGAGAAGACAGAGGAAUCAUAAAAAUGUUGGGGGUAUGGGGUCAAAAGAUAAAAAGCAUUGCAUGCCUCCAAGGACUAAACACCCAUGCCAUCAGUGUCAAUCACAUGUACAACACCGGUAUUUCAUUCAUGGAAAUUGGGUUCUUAAUCAUCAAAAGUCAAUUUGUUCAAGCACCA